UAGGAACCAAAACCGGGUACUGUUGGAAGUUAAGUGGCGGUGGUUCCGCCGCUUGGAAACUAAACAACAGCUAUAGUGGUAUUCUAACUCUCCUUUGUUUUUACAUCAUUUCCGUGGUCUAACCUUCUUCUUUUCUCACUAUAUAUUAAAUCUCCACUCUCUCUCCUUCAACACCGAUUACCAACUCACUCAUCAAUUCUAGUUUCUUCAUUCUCUUUAACUAUCAUUCUUUUUCCUCAUGUCGAACACAGCUGGUCAAGUCAUCAAAUGCAAAGCCGCGGUUGCAUGGGAGGCAGGGAAGCCACUGGUGAUUGAAGAAGUAGAGGUGGCACCACCACAGGCUGGUGAAGUGCGUUUGAAGAUCCUCUACACCUCCCUUUGCCACACCGAUGUUUACUUCUGGGAAGCCAAGGGCCAGACUCCAUUGUUUCCUCGUAUAUUUGGUCAUGAAGCUGGAGGGAUUGUGGAGAGCGUAGGUGAGGGUGUGACUCAUCUCAAACCAGGGGAUCAUGCCCUCCCUGUGUUUACCGGAGAGUGUGGGGAUUGUUCACAUUGUAAGUCAGAGGAGAGCAACAUGUGUGAUCUGCUCAGGAUCAACACUGAUCGGGGUGUCAUGAUCCAUGACAGCCAAACAAGAUUUUCUAUUAAAGGAAAGCCUAUUUACCAUUUUGUUGGUACCUCUACAUUCAGUGAAUACACUGUUGUCCAUGCUGGAUGUGUUGCCAAAGUCAACCCUGAAGCCCCACUUGACAAAAUCUGUGUUCUCAGUUGUGGAAUCUGCACAGGUCUUGGGGCCACUGUCAAUGUUGCAAAACCAAAACCUGGUUCUUCUGUUGCCAUCUUUGGACUUGGAGCUGUUGGCCUUGCUGCUGCUGAAGGGGCAAGGAUUUCUGGUGCAUCUAGAAUUAUUGGGGUUGAUUUAGUUUCCAGCCGAUUUGAAGAAGCUAAGAAGUUUGGGGUCAAUGAAUUUGUGAACCCAAAAGAUCAUGACAAGCCUGUACAACAGGUGAUUGCUGAAAUGACAAAUGGGGGUGUGGAUCGUGCUGUGGAAUGUACUGGCAGCAUUCAGGCCAUGAUCUCAGCAUUCGAAUGUGUCCACGAUGGUUGGGGUGUUGCUGUACUUGUUGGAGUUCCAAACAAAGAUGAUGCAUUCAAAACUCAUCCAAUGAAUUUCUUGAAUGAGAGGACUCUCAAGGGUACCUUCUAUGGUAACUACAAACCCCGCACUGAUCUACCUGCUGUUGUGGAGAAGUACAUGAGUGGGGAAUUGGAACUGGAUAAAUUCAUCACUCACACAGUUGGAUUCUCAGAGAUCAACAAAGCUUUUGAUUACAUGCUGAAAGGGGAGUCCAUCAGAUGCAUCAUUCGUAUGGGGGAGUAAAACUAUGGAACAAUGAUGAUGGCAUAGUCCCUGUUGGGGGACUGAGUUCUCUUUCUGGUUGUGAAAAGAAGAAAAUAAAUUUCUUAUAUAAAUCUCUUUAGGGCUUUUGAAUUUGUGAACAUUUUUGUAAGUUUGAAUGUAGAGGAUGGUAGUUUCUUUGCUGCCGUUAUUGUCUAAUGCAUGUUAAAUAUAAUGCCGUUUUUGUUGAUUUGUUGUUCUUGUGGUAAUUUAAAUGAGAUUUUUUUCUUGAGGAAAAAUUUCAUAUGCACCACAAUUGUUCAACGCAGGUCCAAUAGUGUGGUUUUGGUGAAAAAAGAAAAUGUUAUUUGUA